AUGGCCCCCAGGGGCUGUGCGGGGCCUCCGCCGCCGCCGCCUCCGCAAGCCUGGUUCUGGCCGGGAAGGAUGCUAGCCAUGGGGGCGCUGGCAGCCUUCUGGGUCCUCAGCCUCCUCACCUACGGUUACCUGUCCUGGGGCCAGGGCUUGGAGGAGGAGGAGGAAGGGACCUUGCGAGCUCAGUCUGGAGAGAGACCAGAGCCCAGCACGACGGCCACCUCCCAACCCCACCUCAUUUUCAUCCUAGCGGAUGAUCAGGGAUUUAGAGAUGUGGGUUACCACGGCUCGGAGAUCAAGACUCCCACUCUUGACAAGCUCGCUGCCGAAGGAGUUAAACUGGAGAACUACUAUGUCCAGCCUAUUUGCACACCGUCCAGGAGUCAGUUUAUUACUGGAAAGUAUCAGAUACACACCGGACUUCAACAUUCUAUCAUAAGACCUACCCAACCCAACUGCUUACCUCUGGACAAUGCAACCCUACCUCAGAAGCUGAAGGAGGUUGGCUAUUCAACACAUAUGGUUGGAAAAUGGCACUUGGGUUUUUAUAGAAAAGAAUGUAUGCCCACCAAGAGAGGAUUUGAUACCUUUUUUGGUUCCCUCCUGGGAAGUGGUGAUUACUAUACGCACUACAAAUGUGACAGUCCUGGGAUGUGUGGCUAUGACUUGUAUGAAAAUGACAACGCUGCCUGGGACUAUGACAAUGGCAUCUACUCCACACAGAUGUACACUCAAAGAGUUCAGCAAAUCUUAGCUUCUCAUGACCCCAGAAAGCCUAUAUUUCUAUAUAUUGCCUACCAAGCUGUUCACUCACCACUGCAAGCCCCCGGCAGGUAUUUUGAACACUACAGAUCCAUUAUCAACAUAAAUAGGCGGAGGUACGCUGCCAUGCUUUCCUGCUUAGAUGAAGCAAUCAACAAUGUGACCCUGGCCCUGAAGACUUAUGGUUUCUAUAACAACAGCAUUAUCAUAUACUCUUCAGAUAAUGGUGGCCAGCCCACAGCAGGAGGAAGUAACUGGCCUCUCAGAGGUAGCAAAGGGACAUACUGGGAAGGGGGCAUUCGGGCUAUCGGCUUUGUGCAUAGUCCACUUCUGAAAAACAAGGGAACCGUGUGUAAGGAGCUUGUGCACAUCACCGACUGGUACCCCACUCUGAUUUCACUGGCUGAAGGACAGAUUGAUGAGGACAUUCAGCUGGAUGGCUACGAUGUCUGGGAAACCAUAAGUGAGGGCCUUCGUUCGCCCCGGGUGGAUAUUUUGCACAACAUUGACCCCAUUUAUACCAAGGCAAAAAAUGGCUCCUGGGCAGCAGGCUACGGGAUCUGGAACACCGCCAUCCAGUCAGCCAUCAGGGUGCAGCACUGGAAACUGCUUACAGGAAACCCUGGCUACAGUGACUGGGUGCCCCCUCAGUCUUUCAGCAACCUGGGGCCCAACCGCUGGCACAACGAACGAAUCACCUUGUCGACCAGCAAAAGCAUAUGGCUGUUCAACAUCACAGCCGACCCCUAUGAGAGAGUGGACCUGUCUCACAGGUAUCCUGGAAUCGUGAAGCAGCUGCUGCGGAGGCUCUCGCAGUUCAACAAAACCGCAGUGCCUGUCAGGUACCCCCCCAAAGACCCCAGGAGUAACCCUCGGCUCAAUGGGGGAGUCUGGGGACCAUGGUAUAAAGAGGAACACAAGAGAAAGAAGCCAAGCAAAAAUAAGGCUGAGAAAAAGCAGAAGAAAAGUAAGACCAAGAAGCAACAGCAGAAAGCAGGUUCAUUUUCAAAUUGCCGUUCUGAUGUUUGCCAUCACCGUGGAUAAGUACACGUUUUUUCCUGGCUGGUUAAACUUAAGUCGGUCUUAGUCUUUUAGCUGUUUUCUAGGUAAACCAGCAAAUCUGGCUCGAUGCUACCACGGCCAUAAGCACCAGACUUACUUUCGCGUGUUGGCCACGGGGAAAACAGGGCUAUUCAGUGCCAAAGGUGCUACCCUUGCGAGCCACACGUGGAGGAGAAUGGAGAUGCUGAUUUCUUUUGCUCCUUUGUGAAAGUGCUCCUUAAGGAUUUCAGCUGCUGUGUUUCCGACGAAGGACCAAACACUUGCUUUAAACUGCAAGCCAUGAAUAUGUUAAUUUCAUGCAAGUUACAGGGUAGCAGGAUGAAAAGUACCUUUGAUCAAGUACAAAGGUUGCCUCACCUCAAAAGGCCUUGAAAAAUAUUUUCUCUUAGUGAAUUAUUGUAUCUCCAUCUUAUGAUACUUGGUUUUUUAAAUUAAUUCCAUUUCACGUAUCAUUUCCCUUCCUGUGAAAAUAAGCUGUUUCCUCCUGUGUAAACAGCUUGCACCUCAUUUUAUCACGCAUGAGGGAAUGGCAAAUAAGAAUGUUUGAGCACACUGCCAAAACGUGAAUGUAACUAUUUUCUAAACACUUUAACAGAAUGACAUUUCAACGUAAAGUACAUAAUUUAUUUUACAGAAAAAAUAUUAUUUUGUUUUCAUAAAAAGUUAUACAAAUGACUUUUAUUUUUAUUUUCUAUAUACUGUUAGAAGUUUAUUUCAUAUCUUCAAGAUUACCAAGCACUGUAAUACUAUAAAUUACUGUAAUACUGUGUGAAUUCAUAGAAUAUAAAAAGAAAAUUAGUCAGAAUAAAUGAUAAUCAUCACUGUUCAACCAUUAUUUUGAAUGUAAAAAGAUGAAUAUAUUCCUUACAAAUUACUUGGAAAUUCAGUGUUGUAUGGGGUUGAGAGACAACUUUAUUGUUUCUGUCAUAAACACUUUAUUUAUGUGUCUUUAUUAUUAAAAUGACUUAUUUUACAGCACUAGCAAAUUUAGUGUGGUUUUCCUGAUCUAGUUUCUAGAUAAAAUUAUAUUAUUCAUCUUAACAACAAAAAUCUUUACAAAUAGGCAAUUUUCUAACAACCAUAUUAUUUAUGUAUAAAAAUAUAAAAAUAUAUAAAACAUAUAUGUAUUUUAAAUAUAUAAAUAUGUAAAAUAUAUUUAUAUAUUAUUUAUAAUAUGGAUUUUGCAAAUAAGAGGUGUUUCCACUUGGCUAUUUCAUAGAGAAAAAUGUUAUUUUGUUAAUCUAUAACAUUUAUGAUGAUCCUACUCUUACACAAAGUAGAUACGGUGGGGAUGUGAUUUUAAGUUCUCUAUUAAUGGCCAUAACUUUUUCAAUGGAAAUAAAUUAGCCCACAGGCUUCUAUCUGGAAAUGGCUUCACAGAUGUUCGCUCUUUGUAAGAAUACCUGCCACCUGCACAUGGUGCUAGGUAGACUGUGAUUUAAGAGAAGUCUGUCUUGCAGGGCGCCUGGGUGGCUCAGUUGGUUAGGUCAUGCUCCUGGGCUCCCUGCUCAACAGGGAGUCUGCUUCUGCCCCUCCCCCUGCUCAUGUGCUGGGCUUACUCUCUCUCUCUCAAAUAAAUAAAAUCUUUUUUUUUUUUUUAAAGUCUGUCUUGCCCUUAAAAAACUAAAGUCUAACAUAAUAGUCACCUAUAAAUAAUGAACAAAAAUAUUUUCAAAAUGCUGUCAGCAAACCUCUAGGUCUUUCAAGACAUCCAGGAAGGAAAAUCCUCUACAGUUGACUUUCAUGCCCUAAUCAUUAAAACUGUGUUAAUACUGGACAUUUAGUCUCAGGCAUCAUUCUCCUAAACUAUGAUUCUCAGGCUGCAUUUCUAGAGCUGUCCGUGGCUCUUUCAAGUGUAAACUGCAGCUUUUUAAAACCUCUGAUCCUUUUACCAGGAGACCAAAAGAAAG